CGCGUUGCGCGGCCCGGGCCGGAAGUCCUCGAGUUCCCGGGUGUGUGUCUGUGUCUGUGUCUCGCGGCGCUACGCCGCCGCGGUCAAGCGCCUAGGGGGUCCGCGUCUGAAGCGUCACCUCUGUCACUGCCGCCACCAUACCGAGUCACUUCUAGAGGGACGGAGGCCCGGCCUUCGCCGGGUGGAGAAGAUGUUGCCCCUGUCCAUCAAGGAUGAUGAAUACAAACCACCCAAAUUCAAUCUGUUGGGCAAGAUCUCAGGCUGGUUUAGGUCCAUCCUGUCGGACAAGACAUCUCGGAACCUGUUUUUCUUCCUGUGCCUGAACCUCUCUUUCGCUUUUGUGGAACUACUCUACGGCAUCUGGAGCAACUGCCUAGGCUUGAUCUCCGACUCUUUCCACAUGUUUUUUGACAGUACUGCCAUAUUGGCCGGAUUGGCAGCUUCUGUUAUUUCAAAAUGGAGAGAUAAUGAUGCUUUCUCUUAUGGGUAUGUUAGAGCGGAAGUUCUGGCUGGCUUUGUCAAUGGGCUAUUUUUGAUCUUCACGGCUUUCUUUAUUUUCUCAGAAGGAGUUGAGAGAGCGUUGGCUCCCCCAGAUGUGCACCAUGAGAGACUCCUGCUUGUCUCAGUUCUUGGAUUUGUGGUAAACCUAGUGGGAAUAUUUGUUUUCAAUCACGGAGGUCAUGGACAUUCUCAUGGCUCUGACCAUGGACACAGUCACUCCCUUUUUAAUGGUGCUCUAGAUCACACCCAUGGCCACGAAGAUCAUUGCCAUAGUCACGAAGCCAAACAUGGAGAUGCACACGGCCAUGGUCAUGCUCAUGGACAUGGGCACUUCCAUUCUCACGAUGGCCCAUCCUUCAAAGAAACGGCAGGACCCAGCAGACAGAUUUUACAAGGUGUAUUUUUGCACAUUCUAGCAGAUACACUUGGGAGUAUUGGUGUAAUUGCCUCUGCCAUCAUGAUGCAAAAUUUUGGGUUGAUGAUUGCAGAUCCUAUCUGUUCCAUCCUUAUAGCCAUUCUUAUAGUUGUAAGUGUUAUUCCUCUUUUAAGAGAGUCUGUUGGAAUAUUAAUGCAAAGAACUCCUCCCUCAUUGGAAAAUACACUUCCCCAAUGCUAUCAGAGGGUGCAACAGUUACAAGGAGUUUAUAGCUUACAAGAACAGCACUUCUGGACGCUCUGUUCUGAUGUUUACGUUGGGACCUUGAAGCUCCUAGUAGCCCCAGAUGCUGACGCCAGGUGGAUCUUAAGCCAAACACAUAAUAUUUUUACACAGGCUGGAGUGAGGCAGCUUUAUGUACAGAUUGACUUUGCAGCGAUGUAAUCAAUGAAAAGAAAUUGUUUGAGGACCAAAACUUUCCAGUACUGUACAAUCCAAAGCAUUGUACUACCCAGUGCUCUAAAAUAGAGGCGUCAUCUCUACAGCUCGGAAGCACCAAGUAGUGCAGGUAGAGUCAGCGUGUGCUGGGGACACAGCCGGACCCUGCCCAGACUGUGGCCCUGUGUGCUCUUUCCUCCAAGCCAUUCUGAUUGCUAAGGUUUCUGGGUUUGUUCUAGGGUGUUGGGUCGUCUUUUUUUUUCCCCCUGGAGGUUCUUGCUGAUCACCUUCAGCCCAUCCUAUCAUCUCACACCGAGCCAGUGAGAAAUUAAGACCGUGGGCCGCUCUUCCUAAAGCUGCUGGAAACCACUGCUUUUAUCCCCACGAAACCAGUGUUGUUUUUACAAGCAGAAGUCUGUUUUCUAUGUAAUGUCACUUGUUGACGGUCUUCAAUGUAAUCAUACGUUUGUAAAAUUGUUUGUACCUUGCAAACUUAAGAACCAAACCAUAUUGGGUUUUCAAAGUGCCUUUGUAUCCGAAAAUAUAUUUGCCAGCACAGAAAUGUACCAUCAAAGGUCAUAUGUAUGUUUUUUUAAUGGAUAUUCUGUAAUUUGUAUGAAAUAAGACUUGCUAGUAACAUAUAUAAUUGUCUUUUGCAUAUUUCCAGCAUAGGUUUAACUAUAUUAAAUUUCUUGUGAAAAAGGACAUUAUUUUGCUUUAUAAAAAAUUCAGUGAUCACAUUAAGAUACUUUGUAGACUACUUUUAAAAGUACAGAUACACAAGAAAAAAAUCAUCUAGACCAAAAAAUCUGCUCUAUUACAGAUUCUAUAAAAUCUUGGCCUGUCUGUGGUAAAUUCUCCAGUAGUUCUCCUUGCCAUUUUUACAGAUUCUGUUAAUGAUGAGAGAAAGCACCGCAGAGUUGGCAGAAAGAACAGCGACAGUGACAUUUUACAUCUUCAUAUUCUUUUCAAGUGCCAAGUAGUACAGUUUCUUUUCCUGGUUUUGUUUGCACAAAUACAAAUUACUUCCAGGAAUUCUAGGAUAACAUUUGAUUGAGUGUGAACUGUUAUAACUAUGGAGCAAAUGUGGUGAUAGAGAAUUCUUUCUAAAAUUUGUGUCUUACAAAUAGUUGAUUUUCUAGGGUCUUGAGUAUGAGAAAAAUAAAAUUGCGUUGGACAUGAUGAUGCAUACUACUCCCAGCGCUCAGGAGGCAGAGACAGGCAGAUCUCUUGAGUUCAAGGCCAGCUUGGUUUUCCAGGACAGCCAGGGCUACAUAGAGAGAAUGUGUCUUAAAUUAUAAGUAAACUGCAAUUUGAGAUGACAGGUGCUUAACAUUCAAGUAUUCUUGGUCUUUUCUGAAGAGACGCUGUUUUGAGUGAACAUUUUCCCACUAUACUUCAUUUAUCUCUACAAAUAUUCCCUUUAGUUUAAGUAAGUUGAUAUUGUUAGCAAAAAUUUAAAAACCUUGAAAGGCAGAAAUUAAGAGCGUAGAUCAGUAACAGAUAUUUUAUCCUUAAGGUGGCAGAAUUUACUGUUGAUUUUUGCCAGAACUUUUGAGUACCUUUUCUCCUACUUCUGACUACGAUUUAUGAACCAUUCUAUAGGAGGAGAGCUGUACCAGUCUCAACUGCAGCAGAAUACCACACAAUGUCUGUGGUGCCCUUUUUAAAGUCAAAGGGAUUUCAAAACCUGUUUGCUUUCUGCCAGGCUGCAGUAGAUGGGGUUUAGCUGAAACAAUUUGGUAGUCUGUCAGGAGGGAAAGUACAGAUGGAGAUGUCCUGGCUCUGCACUGCUUCUUCAUUUCCAUUCUGAGUAGCCGAGUUCGAAAGACCCUGGAUAUUCUGUGGGCUGGGGCAUACUUCUGGAAAUGACAGGUCUAGAUGAAAGCACAUACUUGGGUGCGAGCCUUUACAAGUGGAGUUCUAAGAUUUACCAAAUCUGCUUUCCACUGGGCCCUUAAUUCCAAGUGGAAUUUUUGUCGAAAUAGGUCAUUCUGUUUAACUAGACCCUGAGUGCACCAAUCCAAGAAUGUUGCUUUUUCCUUUGAUGAGGCAUAGAAUGUGUUUGAUGUGAAACUAAUUUUGCACUUUGUUCUAAGGGCCUGCGAGCUCAUAACAUUUAGCAGGUUGGCAUUUACAUUUUUGCUUAAUUAAAUGUUUGCAUACCUGUGUGUACAAAAAAAAAUGUGAGCAGAAACAACUUUUCACAGAAAGAAAGCUUGUCUAGUGUUAUUGAUACAGCAUAAUACUAACCAGUGGUUCUACUAAGAAAUACUACUUGGUUAUGGUAAUAAAAUUCAUUUAGAAUGUUCCUAACAUUAGGUUAAUAUUCUUAAAAAAAAAAAAGGCCAGUCUGAGUGCAAAAUUUGCCAAUCUAUGAAUAACCAAAGUAUUUUCCUCUGAGUAACAAACCUACUUUGUUCAGGGAAAGUUUACCUUACCAGACAAACAUCCCCAACUAGAUGUAUUUUAAAAAUUCGUUGUAAUACUUGAUGAAGAACUUGACCGAAGUCCAACCUGCUCAUUUUGGAAACUCUUUGUGUCUUUCUGAAGGACAGUAUCUGGUUAUGUGUGUAGGUUAGUGUUCCUCUACUGUCAUCCAGCCUUCUUUUGUAGUGGAGGUGUAAGAUCAUGGCAACAGAUGUCAUUGUGAUGUCUCUUUGUCUAGAUUCUUCAAAGCCUACACAUAUGUACUGGUAACCAAAAUACUGUGACUUCUGUGUACCUCGAUAAAGCAGCCAAAUCAGUAACCUGCAAUGUAGCCGAUCAGAACUCUCAUGUUUUGUUUUUACAGACAGUAACAUGGAAACCAACCUGGUGUAGAAUGCUGGGAGUUAAGAGUAGCGCAUUACUUACUGUAGAGUUUGACACCUAAGCAAAGACUGUGCAGGGAGCAGUCUGGUUCUACCUCUCACGUUCAGAUGAGAAACCUGAGGUCCAGAAAAGCUGUCAUUUCCUUAAGAUUACAGGGAUGAGUGGUGGCGAAGCCAAUGCUCAAAGGCGAUUAUCUGAUGCCAACUUGAGAGUUCUCUACACUGUACUGAGCUGCGUCCCUGUGUGACAUUGCCUUUCUGUAAAUGUGAUUAAAUAUGGCUUGUAAAUAAAGAACUCUGACCUCUAGUUUUGGUAGAUGAAGGCACUUUAUAAAUGGAAUGUUGUCUCAUUUUUCAUAUAUAAUUGUGAAGUUUAGAUUAUUUCCAUAGUAUUUGUUGUAGAAUAAAUUAUAAUAGUUAUUUUUUAUUCUUUCAAAACCAACUCUUGACUUGGAAAAAGAAAACAAAAUUGUACUUUAGAUACUUAACUUGUAAAUGAAUUUUUAUUAAUUGCCCAAGGCUCAGUCUAGUUUAAUACUGACUCACUUUCCUAAUUUUGCUUAUAUACUGUAAACUGGUUCCUUUUAGAUAGCAGGCUGAUUCACAGGUCAUGCCAUUUCAGCCCUGCCUGCCAUAUUCUUUCCCAAUCCCUGGCGAGUGUUUUUACUUUAAAAAUUCUCAGAGCUGUGCAAAUGGGGACAGUGAAUGUAUGGGUCAAGUUUAGAAAUCUCAAUCAGAACUGCAAAUACUAGACCACUGCUUUUGACUCUUUGUGAAUGUAUUACCUUGGCCAAGUUAAGGUCUUUUUGUUCGUUUUACAAAGAGUCACCAUUGUUGACACACAUUAUUUUCUAAUUCAUAAGAAUCUUGGGUGGGGGAGUCUUUUAGCCUCUGAAGAACAUUCAUUAAAUCUUCUAAGAAAGAUUCUCAAGAUAGGAUUUCUAGAGGCUCCUUAAUGAUUCAGAUCUCUAUCACAGAAUCAAGACACUGAAAAAAUUGUAUAUGAAAGAAAGUGUUUGCAGAAAUAUAGCAGAGAGGUGUAACUCCAUUUAAAGGCCAAAUGGGUGGGACUUUUUGAUGAGGUCAUCUUUGGUUUAUAUUUAGCCUUAGCCAUUUCCUAGCUGCAGAUAACACAGAAAACAAGGUAGAUAGCCUCUGCUAAGUAUGUGUCCAGGCACUUGGUGGCUUUUCUCAUUUUCUGACAUUUAAUUCUCCAUUCUUAUAAAGAGGAGGUUGCAUGAUUUUAUGAUUGAUAGCAUCUUAAAAUCUAGUCCGUGAUCCUCAUAGCAUGAGGAAGGAGUCCUUAUCUGGGGAGAGUCUAUGGUAUGGCAGCAACUCAGUCUUUUCUGAUGACUGUUUUUAUAAGGCCCAAGAAUUUGUAGCACAUCUAUGUAGACUCCUGGAAAAUCAGUGAACACUCAAGGUGCCAUUGCUAUGAGAACAUUCACAAACAGUCUCCGGCCUGUUUCUUCCUAUGCUCUGUAUGUUUGAUUCACAACUUGGCCACUGAUCCAAAACCGUGCUGGAGGAAGUGGCACUAGAACUCCUUUUACAAGCAUUUAGAAAGUUUCACUGGAAGUCAUGGUGGAGCUGCUGACACAAGCGACCUCGGUGCCAGCAUGAAGAAGAGAGUGCCCACCCUCAAGAACUUCUUUGGGGAAUCGUUUGCCAAAAAGCACAGAUCAAUUUUCAGAAGUGUUAAGUAGUAUCUGAUUUACACGCUACAUGUUACACAAACUUUUUCAAUAUAAGAAGUCUGUUUCAUAAACAGAAGCCAUGCUUCUAUCAUAGCUUUGAAUACGAAUUUAUAACAUUGACCCUGUUGGAAAGCAUAACAAACCAAAAGAAGUCUUGUAUAUCUUUCUCUGCUUUGACUCAGUGAGUUUAUGCUUACAGAUUCAUGAAUAUUUAGUUACCAGUAACUCUUAGUAGGCCACAGCAGACACAAGCUGAAGCAGAGGAACAGGAGGAAGCUGAGACUCACUGCAGAAAGCAUCUCAGGAGUUCUGGCAUGUCUGUGCAGGCUGGCGUUCUAUCCAUUCUGUCCAUUUCUCCCCAGCUAGCCUGGGAGUCACUCAAUCUCAUUUUUUGCUUUCCAUGUUGUUUGGGAUUUGGCAGAACUGAGACUAUGCGCUAUGGCCUUCUGGACUACACAGCCACCCUGGGGAUUGUGUCGCCUCCUGUGUUUUGGUGUAGAAUUCCAUAUUGCCGUAUCUUUUAAGAACUGUCUACUCCCCCAGAAUGUUCUGUCAUCCAAAACUCUUUCUCAGAGAAAUCCCUUGAAGAAGCUUCUAAUGAAAACACCAUGUGUAUUAAGUGAUCUAAAUGCCCCUAGAUUACGCUUGUCAUUUUUGUCUUGUUUCCAUUCAAAUGUUUUUGUACAUUUUCUCCCCUAAUUUGAAAAUGAUGUAACUGAAAAUUUGCUAGAUUCCAUCUUCAUAUUUUCUGAACAUGCCCACACUUCACUUUCCUGUUCAUAAUGGUUUUAAACAUGGCCAAUCCUGGACUGGGGAUUGAUUUCCUUUGGUGAAGAUGGUAGAUAUCGCAACAUUUCUACGAAUGUUUACAUACAAGGCCAGGUAAGAAUGGCACAUAUAAGCAACCUGGAUGGUUUGAAAGUGCUGCAGUGACCAAUUAUGACUUACCCAAGUGCAUCACAACAGAUCACAAUGUAUGUAUCUUUCACGUUUUUCUACUUGCAUACGACGUUCACAUACAUAUUUUGUCUAACCACAAUGUAUUUUUAAAUGAUCAUAUACAGCUGUAUUGAAAAUUUGUUUUCAAUUAAAUUUCUGUUUAAAAGUC